GCCUCGUAGAUCAGGAUCUUAUUUUCUUCUGUUCCAGAGACAGCAGGCUUCCCAUUGGCAUCCUCUUCCUCAACACACACACACACUCCGGAGUGUCACACACUCACUCACUCACUCACUCACUCACUCACACACACACACACACACACACACACACCACCUGGAUCCAGCAUGGCAACCAUCACCUGCACUCGCUUCACAGAGGAAUACCAGCUUUAUGAAGAACUGGGCAAAGGAGCCUUCUCAGUGGUGCGCAGGUGUGUGAAAAUCCUCUCAGGGCAGGAAUAUGCCGCUAAGAUCAUCAACACCAAGAAGCUCUCAGCCAGAGAUCACCAGAAGCUUGACAGAGAGGCUCGGAUUUGUCGACUACUCAAACACCCAAACAUUGUGCGGCUCCAUGACAGCAUCUCAGAGGAGGCACAUCAUUACCUCAUCUUCGACCUUGUGACAGGCGGAGAGCUGUUUGAGGACAUUGUGGCUAGAGAAUAUUACAGUGAAGCAGAUGCCAGUCACUGUAUCCAGCAGAUCCUGGAGGCGGUGCUUCACUGUCAUCAGAUGGGCGUCGUUCACCGAGAUUUGAAGCCAGAGAAUCUCCUCCUGGCUUCCAAGUCCAAAGGUGCAGCGGUGAAAUUAGCAGAUUUCGGACUGGCGAUUGAAGUGGAAGGAGACCAGCAGGCAUGGUUCGGCUUUGCUGGAACUCCUGGUUAUCUCUCACCUGAAGUGUUACGGAAAGAUCCGUAUGGUAAAGCAGUGGACCUGUGGGCCUGCGGUGUGAUCCUGUACAUUUUGCUGGUUGGAUAUCCGCCGUUCUGGGAUGAAGAUCAGCAUCGACUCUAUCAGCAGAUCAAAGCUGGAGCUUAUGAUUUUCCUUCUCCUGAGUGGGACACGGUCACUCCUGAAGCUAAAGAUCUGAUUAACAAGAUGCUGACCAUCAAUCCGGCCAAGAGAAUCACUGCAGCCGAGGCUCUGAAACACCCCUGGAUCUCUCACCGCUCCACCGUGGCCUCCUGCAUGCACAGACAGGAAACUGUGGAGUGUCUGAAGAAGUUCAACGCUCGCCGGAAGCUGAAGGGUGCGAUUCUCACCACCAUGCUGGCCACCAGGAACUUCUCAGGAGGGAAGAGCGGAGCCAACAAGAAGACGGACGGAGUGAAGGAAUCUUCAGAGAGCUCAAACACAACUAUUGAGGAUGAAGACACCAGGGUGAGGAAACAGGAGAUCAUUAAAGUGACUGAGCAGCUCAUUGAGGCCAUCAGCAAUGGGGACUUUGAGAGUUACACGAAGAUGUGUGAUCCCAGUGUAACGGCCUUCGAGCCUGAAGCGUUGGGUAAUCUGGUGGAGGGACUUGACUUCCAUCGCUUCUACUUUGAGAACUUGUGGUCUAAGAACAGUAAGCCGGUCCACACCACCAUUCUGAACCCUCACAUCCACCUGAUCGGAGACGAGGCCGCGUGUAUCGCUUACAUCCGCAUCACGCAGUUCAUCGAUGCUAAUGGAACACCGCGCUCCGCUCAGGCCGAGGAAUCUCGCGUGUGGCACCGACGUGACGGGAAAUGGCAGAUCGUCCACUUCCACCGCUCGGGGGCGCCCUCUACCAUCACCAAUUGAGUUGAUAGCUGGUGUUACUGGAGUGUGAUCCGUCCUGGUGGUCCUGCUGUUCUGCAAGCUGACUGGACACCGCGGAAGCUGCCUGACUACCCACUAAUCCUUUGCUUCCCAUCUUACAUCCAGCAUCCAGGCUUGAGUUCAUUACUCUCACACACACACACACACACACACACACUUUUCUUCAUCACACACGUUAUGGGUCAUUUAGUUUUCCGUGGCUUCGCCCGGAUCGUUAUUGUCGGAAUGUUUUGCAGGACGUUUGCAGGGCAGCAUGUGACUCUGUAUGUCAAAGUUUGUUUAUAGGAUAAAUAAUUCACUGAAUUAUAAAACAACUUGUUUCACCGAGAGACUGAAUGACUUCCCAGAAAGAUAAACACAAAUCCUUUUCUUUUUUUUCUUUAAUAAAUUCUAUAAAAUAUAAUCAUCAACAACAAGAACAACAACACUAACAGGUGAAACAUUCAUGUGCGCUGGAUAAAGUCCAGACCUGCUGCAGUGUCUCACUUCCACACUAAUCACUUUAUUCCCUAUUCUUACACCAAAUAAGAGCUGAGAAUAAACACAAACACACAAACAUCAGUGUGACAUGGAGCUGGGGAAAAGUAGGAAUAAAACAAACACAAAAAGAUAGAUUCAUUACAAACAAACAAACAAACAAACAAAUCAAUCAAUAAAUAAAAUGUAUGGAACUGCAGUGUGACAAAGUCGAAGCUAAUGCUAGGAAUAAGCUUAAACCAUGCUAAUGCUAGCAGCAGAUUGGGGAUGGUUGCUAACACUAGCAGUGAUUCACAGCUUUGCUGGACAUUAAGGUGCAGGUCCAGAAUAAUGAGAUUAUUAUUUAUUAAAGUUAUUUUAAGUAAGAUUGUGUUAGAUUGAUGAUUCAGUGAAUUUCAGUUAAUGUUAAUUGGCUAAUCUCCAAAUCACAGUUUAAUCAUUAGUCAAUUUUAAAACUCAUAUAAUAUAUAUAUAUAUACACACACACACAUAUAUAUAUAUAUAUAAACUUUUCUAACUUUAAAAAGACUUUAUUAUAGAAGAAAAUAACAGCAGAGUAUUUAUAAAGUUUAUCAUUAAAGACUAUAAAACACAAACAUCUUCAUCCUGUGACUUUUACAGAGCUUCAUUCAUACACUGGAAGAAUUCAGUAACAUCAUUCAAAUAUCUAUUCUCACACACACACAUAUUUCACCAUGAAGUCACUGAAAGUACACGACACAGCUAUUAUUUAUUUUUUCAUUUAUUUGUACAGAAGAAUCAAAAAACUCUCAGAUUAAUCCUUUCACUGCUUCAUGUAAACCUCCAGCUUCAUUUCAUUCACUUCUGACAUUUUACUCUCUCGAACCUCAGCAAGGAUUCUGAUUGGCUAUUUAUGAUCAGGUAACUUGAGGGGAGGAGGCGGGGCUUGAAGAUUUACAUUCAGAUAUUUACAUAAAUAUAAUAAAUGACGCAAUGCACGCAGUGACACUUGGCUUGUUUCUAUCAGUGGAAUCUGAGAUAUUUACUGAACUUCUGAAGCUAGCAGCCAUCACAAGCCCCGCCUCCUCUCUGUUUAAAGGUGAACGUAGCCAAUCAGAGGAGAUUCAGAUGAGUAAAGUAUAAAGUUUUCAUCCUGCUGUAACAUCAUCCAUCACGUGCUGGAGGAGAACGCAGUGGAAUUUCAGUGAGUUUAUUUAGAGACAGAUAUAAAAAGAGGCGCAGGGACACGGACACUUCAACCGUUCUUCCAGAAAAUCAGGUGACUUUAUCACUUUAUUUACGUUUUCCCUGAAACUCCUUCACCAUGAUCACAAACAUGAGAAAGAAAGAAAGGGAAUAAAGUCCAAAGCGAGAUGUAAAAAACCUGCAAUAAAAGGAGGAGGAAGUUGAGGUGUGAGGGAUGUGCAGUAACUCCACCCCCACCUCGGGUCUCACCCACGACCUUCAUUUCUGCACUUAUUGAUUUGGGGAGCUUUUACUUGCAUGGCAUUAGUUUAUUUCCUUCUUUUAGAAACCUGAUAGUAAAGUUCUGUUCUCUUGUGAGUGUGGGAGAAACCCACUGCCGUGAAUAUCUUUAGCUGCUUUUUUUUGUGUUGUGUUUGUGAACUGAAUCCAGAUGAUUUCGCUCCCGAGCUCCGAACAUGUACAGAAACAUUUCAGUGAAUAAUUACACGCUGCAUGCAGCUCCUUUUUAACACGCUGUUGAUGCUCAUGUGUGUUUUUAUAUGUCCAGUGAAGUAUUGAGGAAAGUAGCUGAGUGACUUGUGACCCUGCAUACAGCUGUCUUAGCCAAUAAAAACACUAUUAUUAUUAUUAUUAUUAUUAUUAUUAUUACAUCUUUUAGGAAUGUUCUGAACACAGAUGUCUGUUAAGUGUGUUUUAUUUUGUAAUCCUGUCACUACUCGAGGUAUCAAUAAUGACUGAUGAACUGAUCACGUUAAUCUGAUUGAUUUGUUAUUCAUUUAAUCACCAAUGCUAACGAUCUUCAUGAUCCUGAUUUGUGUUAUCGGUUGUUUAGAAAAUGUCAUUUUUUUCACUUGCUGAUUUCCCCUUGUUGCUGUUGUUGCUGUUUUAUUUUUUUCUCUGCUGUAUCUGUGUAUCAGUACUAAAAGAAGAAGAAGAAGAAGCUUGUGUGUAUUAAAGGUGUUGAUUAUCGUGGUGCUGCUGCUGAACCUCCGCUGCUGUCGUCACGCUGUUGUUCAGAACCCUGAGCGUAUCUCAGCGCAUCGCACACAGGAGCUCCGGCUGAGGGAAAUGUUCUCAGACGCUGCUUAGCAUUUCACGCUAGGAGUUCCACACAAAUGAUGAACGCUGUUUAUAGGAUUUGGAAUGAAUUUUUACACAACAAUGCAAAAUUCUGAGAACAUCAAAAGCAAGCAUAAAAGGGUAAGACUAGGCUAGUCAGCACUUGCUAAUGCUACAUAAUGCUAAUGUUAGCAGGUUCCUGAAAAAGGCUCAUGUUAAGUUAAACCGAGCAGCGCUUCCAGCUUUAGCUCUGACCAUGCUCUGACCAUCUCCUGACCAUGCUAAUUUGGGCAGCUGGAUAAAGGUGCUAGUUCACCUAGCUAGCACAGCUAAACUAACUAACCAUUACCUCGUCUUGAUGAAUGUCAGAACAGACUUUUAUUAGCUGUAGCUCUUAGCAGUUCUUAGUCUUUAUUGGUAUUUGAAUACUUUGAAAUUUUAAAGAUUUUUAAACUCAUUUAAAUUUAAUGUGUGUAGAGAAGGUUGUUUAAUAAAUACAUAAAACACGCUAAUUUAUCUAAGUUAUCAGCUUACUGUUUGACUACAGUAUAAUGCUUAGCAGCUGAGAUUAGCAGUGAGAGAGUGGGAUUAGUUCGCUCUCUUAUUGCUGCAUGAGGUUUCAGUAGAUAUUUGAUUUAUUCAAGCUUACACAUGAAGGCUUCAGAUUAACAUCCAUUUUAGUUAAAUGAUGUUACCUUUCUAGAUACGUAUGAGCUCUUAGCUUGCUAAUGUUGUUUACGUUGCAACUUAGAUGAUGAUGAACUUAGCCUUGUUUUGAUCGGUCACCUGAUCCGGCCAAUCACAGCCGAUCUCUCCGAGAACAUUUUACUGACUGAAUCUCCUCUGUGCUGAAAGUUGACCUUUAAUUUUUUUGCUAACUUUUCGACGUCGAUCUGUGACGCAUGCCGCACGUCUUUUUUGUAAACGACUGUGAUAUUUACGGUUUCUAUAAAGCUUGUGAAUAAAAGCACAAAAAACACAUAAAUAUGAUUGUAUAUCUAUUUAUAGGAUGUGAUUUUAUCGGUGGACGUUUGGUAGUUUGCAUAUUUAUAUUUAUAUCAUGUACAGGAAACUUACCACACAAUAUGUGACAGCAUAUUAAAUGUACCUAUGGAGUCUUUAUGUACUCUAAUCUGUGUGUGUGUGUGUGUGGCCCCAAACUUGCACUUCGACUCGAGUUUACAGCAGUGUUCAGGGCUCAAACACUUCACCACCUUAUCAGCUGAUCUGUAUUAGCGAUAUUUAUUCAACUCUAGUUAGCAUUUUGUUUGUUUGUUUGUUUGAUUUUUUGCUCGCUGCUAAAAAAUUGUACAAUUUCAUGAAGUAGAUUUAAUCCAAUUCAGUCGAUGACUUGAUAAAGCAGAUAUUUAGUAUUAUUAAAAGUGUUCAUCUCUUGGUGAUUUUAGCAUCUCUGCUUUAUUUAGCUAAUUCUUUCUAUCAAUAAAGUUCAUGUGUAGAGUCGCUCGGUCGCAUCUUUCAUAAAUAGUGGAUGGAUUUUUCUGAUCUUGUUCAAUAAAUCUCAAUAAAAAACAGCAAAUGAA